CCGCUUUGCCGCCCGCCCCGCCCACCGGCCGCAGCCCCGCGCGCCGCUCCUCGCAGGGCGCAGGGCCGUGAGGGAACGGCCGCGCCGGGUCACCUUCCCUGUCGCCGGGUAACCUUCCCGGCCGCCGGCAGCCCGCAGCCGCCCCAUCCCCGCCGCCAUCCGCCGCUGCGGACCGUCCCCGCCCCAGGGGAGCGUGUGCCCCGGGGCAUGAGUUGCGCCUCCGGGAGCGUCGUGCUCCCUGCCGGAGAGCCGCCGCCAGCCGCCGCCGCCCCGCUGGAGCUGCCGGCCGGGGCGGGGGAGGCGAGCGGAGACACCCCCGAGGAGGGCGAGGACCCGAGGGGUGGCUCGGAGAGCGGGGCUGCCGGCGACGACAAACCCGAGACGCGCUCGGUGUGCAGCAGCAGCGAGAGCGGCAGCGGCGGGCACGCCGGCGGGGCCGGCCCCAUCUGCAAGAUCUGCUUCCAGGGCCCCGAGCAGGGUGAAUUGUUAAACCCUUGCCGCUGUGAUGGCUCAGUACGAUAUACGCAUCAGCUUUGCCUCUUAAAGUGGAUAAGUGAAAGAGGGUCAUGGACCUGUGAACUCUGCUGUUACAGAUAUCAUGUUAUAGCCAUUAAAAUGAAAAAGCCUUGUCAGUGGCAAAGCAUUACUAUAACACUGGUUGAGAAAGUGCAGAUGGUUGCUGUAAUCCUAGGAGCUCUGUUCUUAGUAGCAAGUGUGACUUGGCUUCUAUGGUCAGCCUUCAGCCCUUAUGCAGUAUGGCAAAGAAAGGACAUCCUUUUUCAAAUCUGCUAUGGAAUGUAUGGUUUUAUGGAUCUAGUAUGCAUAGGACUGAUAGUCCAUGAAGGCGCAUCUGUUUAUCGAGUGUUUAAGCGCUGGAGAGCUGUGAAUCUACACUGGGAUGUGUUAAAUUAUGAUAAAGCCAUGGACAUCGAAGAGAGCAAUCGAGGAGAAUCCUCAGCAGCGAGGACAUUGUGGCUGCCACUGACUGCAUUUAGAAACAGAAGUUUAGUUCAUCCAACACAGUUAACCUCACCGAGAUUUCAGUGUGGCUAUGUGUUGUUACACCUGCUCAACCGCGUGAGACCUCAGGAGGAUUCAUCAGAGGAUAACUGCUCUGGGGAAGUAGUGAUGAGGGUGACCUCAGUGUAAAGAUUGUGCUCACUGUGCUACACAGAUGAGGAUAGUGUGCCCUGGUGUUGCAGGACUGUGGAAUGUAGUUAUGAUGAAUGGUGAAACCAUUAACACUUGAAAAAAUAUAUCCACUUCUUUUUUUUUAAAUUAAAUGGUUUUUAUAUGAUUAGAUAAAACACAAAUACAUUUUUCUGGGGGAAAAAAGUAUCUUGCUUUUUAUAUAGUCUGAAGUAUUGAAUCUUUUUUCAAUUUGUACCUGAGGUGUAUGUAACAUAGCUUAACUCUUAGGUCUUUGAAUGAUGAGGAAACUCAUUUUUAAGUAAAAAUAUAUAUUUAAAUGUAUUUUCUUAAACUCUGGCUUUAAUCCACUACUGUUAUUUUUUUCCACUUUCAUGAGGAUUAAACUGGACAACAUUCUUCCAAGAAGAAUAAGAAUCUUAACACGAGUCAAAUAUUUUUCCUUUUCUGUCUUUAUUUUGCUGUGGUUUGUAGCUCAGUUCAGGUGUGUGAAAGUAAGUGAGAGAGAUAUAUUGCCCUGUGCAUUUAAGCAGGAAGUCCAGUGGGUGUUCUACAAAACCUAAAGGAAGAUGGGAAGUCUUUUCUUUUAGCUCUCCCAGCUGUUCAUGCCAGAUAUCAGACACAAGUAUGACAUAGGAGAAGAGUCUUGUACUGCCUCUCAAGUCUCUUAAGAUCUGCAGAGGGCUGGUGCUGUGCCUGUGCACAGAAGUGACAUUAUCUUCUGAGCAGCACUGCUGGAAUUAGCAAUGUGUGACUCUUUAGUAUCAUUCUAAUUAUAGGUCAUUGACAUACCUUUAAAAAAAAUUUUUAAAAAAGAAAAAACAUUCAUUGCAACUUCUGGAAUAAUAAUAAAUCCUGAUAGAAUUGGACGUAUAAAUAAUACAGAACUUUAAUUUUGCCAGGGAACAAAUCCUCAUACUAAAAAUGAGCCAAUAUUAUGCUAGAUCAGUGCUGUGAAGUUUGCUUCUCUUGUUUCUGUUUCUAAUAGAAUUUAAGUAAAUAGUAAUGGAAAUUGAAAUAAUUUUAAACUUAAUAAUAAGCCUGAGAUAGAAAAGUAAGGCUGAAAUUACUCUGAGUGCACUAGCUUACUCAAAACAAUUUUGUAGCAUCAUAGAAUAUACUGAUUUGUAAGGAACCUAUCAGGAGCAUCAAGUCCAACUCUUGACCCUACACAGGACACCCCAAGAUUCACACCGUGUGCCUGAAAACGUUGUCCAAACACUUCUUGAACUCUGUCAGGCUGGUGCUGUGACCACUUCCCUGGGGAGUCUGUUCCACUGCUCAGUUCACCUCUGGUGAAAAAUCUUUUCGCGAUACUCAGUCUAAACCUCUCCUGACUGAGCUUCAGGCCAUUUCCUUGAAUCCUGUCACUGAUCAUGAGAGUGAAAUGGUACCCAUCUGUCAUAGUUUCACCCCAGCCAGGCAGCCACUCACUCAGUCCCCCACCGGUGGGACAUGGGAGAGAAUCAGAAGGGUAAAAACCAGAAAACUCAUGGGCUGAGAUAAAGACAGUUUAUGAAGGAAAGUAAAAGCCACAAGCUCAAACAAAUUUAAACAGGGAAUUCAUUCACCACUUCCCAUGGGCAGGCAGAUGUUCAGCCAUCUCCAGGAGAAUGAGGCCUCAUCAUACAUUGUGGUUACUUGGAAAGACAAAAAACACCACCCCAAACAUCCCUCCCUUUCAUCUGUCUUCCCCCCACUUUAUAUACUGCACGUGAUGUCACAUGGUCUGGAAUAUAUCUUUGGGCAGUUUGGGUCACCUGUCCUGGCUGUGUCUCCUCUCAGACUUCCCACAACCCUCACCCUCCUCACCAGCAGGGCACUGCAGAAAUCAGAAGAGGCCUUGGCUCUGUAUGAGCCCUGCUCAGCCAUAACAAAAACAUGUCUAUCAACAUCUAUUACCAACCCUGGGCUCAGCGUAAAUCCAAAACACAUUCAGUACCAGUCAUUGUGAAGACAUUUAAUUAUACUCCAGCCAAACCCAGCACAUUCCACUCCUUAUUCUAUAGCAUUUACAUCAUGCCAGGUGUCCCGCUAUUCAAUACGAUUGCAGUAACCACCACCCGAACCAACACACUGCCCCUCUGCUUCCCCUCAUGAGGAUGUUGAAGACAACAGUGAGGUCUCCCCUCAGUCUCUUCUCCAGGCUGAACAGACCAAAUGAGCUCAGUUGCUCCUCAUAUGGCUUCUUCUCCAGAUCCUUCACCAUCUUUGUGGUCCUCCUUUGGGUCUCCUUUGCAUGUUCUUUAAUAGUUAAGUGUCUUUCUUAUAUUGUGGCAUCCAAAAUUGCACACAGCACUCGAGGUGAGGCAGCCCCAGUGCAGAGCAGACCAGGACAAUCCCCUCCCUUGCCUGGCUGGUGAUGUUGUGCCUGAUGCCUCCCAGGACAGGGUUGGCCCUCCUGGCUGCCAGGGCACUGCUGGCUCAUGUUCAACUUGCCACUGAGCAGGACGCCCAGGGCCCUUUCCGCAGCAUUGCUUCCCAGCAUCUCAUUCUAUACACACAUCCAGGGUUGCCCAAUCUAAAGUACAGAAUCCAGCACUUGAUUAUGUUGAACUUCAUAUGUUGAUGACUAGCCAUCUCUCUAAUUUGUUGAGGUCUCUCUGCAGGGUCUCCCUGUCCCUUAGAGUGUCAACAUCUCCUCUCAAUUUAGUGUCAUCAGCAAACAUAUUUAGUGUUUCUUUGAGUCCUGUGUCCAAGUCAUGAAUAAAGAUGUUGAAGAGAACUGAGUCAGGGAUGGAGUGUUGGGUUGAUCUUGUGUGGCUGUCAGAUCCCCACCCAGCUUCUCUAUCACCCUUCUCAACAGAAGAGAGACGGAAUAUAGCAUGAAAAAUCUUGUGGGUUAAAACAAAGAUACCCCUCUUCUUCCCAGGCUCAGGUUCAACCCUUCACUCACAACUCUUUUACCUUCUCCUCACUGGACAGCACAGGGGGAUAAGGAAUGGGGCUCUGCGGUUAGUCUGUAACAGUUCCUGUCUGCUGCUCCUUUCUCCUCCUCACACUUCUCUGCUCCAGCCUUGGGCUUCCCCAUGAGUUUCAGUCUUUCAGCAUAAACCUGCUCCAGCAUGGACUCUCCAUGGGAUACAGUUUCUUUCUCUGCCAGCCUGGAUGUCAGCUGCACCAUGGUCUCUCCAGGGUUUACAGGGAAGUACCUGCUCCACCAGGACCCCUCCAGGGUCACAGGGCAAUCUCUGCUUGGAACAGACUGUGUUUAGCAUAUGGCAGUCCCAGCCUCUCCUCUCAUAGGUCACCUCUGCAGCUCCCAUCCCCACCUGCCCCGUGGGGACCUGUGCCUAGUACAGAGAUAAACAUUUUUCUGUUUCAAAAUACGUUUUUCCAAUGGCUGAUAAUGGAGUGCUGAGGCUGGAAAAUUCCCUCUCACAAAUCAACAGGAUGGUGUUGAAAUCAGUGCAUGCCUUCCUUGUAUAAGCCGUUUACAUGCCACGACCAGACAGAGGAGGUCUCUGUAACUACGCUUGGAAGGAAGAUAGAAAUAAUUUAAGCACUGGUGCUUAAAAGAUCUUUAUAUAUUCAUAAACAUUUAUCUAAUGAACUCUACACAGGGCCCAGCAUUCUGUGUUGGAGUCUCACAAGCUCCAAGUUACAUUUACUAAAAUCAGAUGUUUUACUGCUCUCUAACUAAUUAAUGUGAAAAGCAGUACAUAAGCCAUGAACAACAAAAUGCUGUCUCAAAAAUCCAACUUAUUUCCUUCACGGCAAAUUACAGCAUACAACAGGCACUCUCCUUGAGAAACUAUGAGAAUUUACUUCUAGGUUAUCUUUAAACAAUUUCCCAAAAGAGGCAUUUGGGGAGAAAUAAAAGAUGUGACUUGGGAAACCUGUUCUACCACUGAGAAAUACUUGUUCUUAAUUACUGUUUAAAUGAAGGCUGCUUUCCCAGAAGGACCACAGCUUCACUUGACCAAAUUGAGAUCGCAGUUAGUAACUCAAAAAGCAUUUGCAAUACCAGCAUAAUAAAGUAUGCUGUGAUCAAUAUACUUAUGUUUCACACCUUUUAGAUAUUUGUGAUCUCUGGGAUUUAAAGAAUAUUUAGUGAUCUUUUACAGCAUCCUAAGAACAAAAUUAAGAACUAUAAGAAAACAUUUUAUUAUUAAGACAUGUUUUUGAUUCUCAUGCAAAUGAGUAAGGUGUUGGGGAAAACAAAACUCACCAGAAAAAAAAAAACAAACAAUAGAUGUAAUUUAAGAGAGGACAAGAUUUCUGUGCACAAAUAUUUGAAAGACAUCUAGGUCUAGAGCACUUAACAACUGAUGAGUGAAAAAAAUGGUCCAACUAAGAUAAAUGAAAAUUGCUUGUAAGAGAAAUGUUUAUGGCAAAUAUCAUAAAAGCCUUUUUAAUGGUAGGAGAACUCAAUAUUAAUUUCUAUGGCACAAUAAUUUUGCAUAUGAAUGCAUUUAUGUAUUUCUGUAUGUAGAAAACAAGAUCAAGAAAUUAUAAACAGCAAUAGGAUUAGUAUAGGCAGGAUGCAGUUGUUAAAAAUAAUGGAAUUGUGUUGUCCUGCAAAAUAUUUUCAGUAGUAAGAGUGGCUAGUGCAGGAUAUGAACAUUUUUUCAUUGAUCUUGUAUUUGGAUUAGUGCAGUACUUGCAAUGUUGUAAUCACCUACAUGCUAGAAGAUGAAUUAAAAUUAGAUAGGUGCAUAGAGAGAAUAUUAGGAUAAGAAAGGAGCAGCGACUUCUCUUCCAUUCACUACAGGGAGGGGAGGAAGGGUGUGCAGAGAAUUAGAAGAGCCUGGCUUGUUCUGCUUAACAAAAGUGGAGAGUGAAUGUUAUUGUUCUCAGUUAAUACAUUGCAGAAUAAAUUUUAUUUUAAGCAAAGGACAAGCCUAAGACAGCAGAAGAACUCAAGGACACAAAUAGAUCAGAAAUAAAUUUAGCUAGAAGUUCAAGGUAGUUUUAAAAUAUUCAUGGAAUGAAUCACAGACAAAAAUUCAAGCUGGAAGGACCCACAGGAGGACAUCUAAUCCAAGCUGCAGAGUCAGCUUUGAGGUCAGACCAGGUUGCUCAGGGUUUUAAGCCAUCAGGUCUUAAAAAUCUUCAAGGAUGGAAAUUGCACAGCCUCUAUGAGCUACCAGCUCCAGCUCUUGACUGUUCCCAGAGUAGUGUUUCCUUCUAUUUCACCUUUUCUCUUGUUACAGCUUACACCCACUGUCUCUCAUUCUCCCAUAAAGCCCCACUGGGAAGUGGAUGGCUCUGCCCUCUUGAUAACCCCUCACUGGGUCCUGGCCAGCUGCUGUUGGGCCUCCCCACAAGCCAUCUCUUCUCAAGGCUAAAUAAGGCCUGAUUCCUCAGCCUCCCUAUGCAGGACAGGUGCUUCUGCUGAAUUUGUUCAGUUGCUUCAUGUCUUUCCUGUACUGGGCUCUGCAGAGCAUUAGAAGAUGAAAGAACUUGGUGGUGAAGACAAAGGCAAAGAAGGCAUUAGGUGCAUUGGUCUUCUCUGUGUCCACUGCCACAAAUUCACUCUUCCCACUGAGCAGUGAGCACACAGCUCCUUGUUUGGCCUUCUACUGCUCACACAGAGGAUGAAGAUCUUUGUCUUGCUCUUGACAUCCCUUCCAAUUCCAGGUGAGCUUGGCUUUCCUAACCCCACCCUUGAAAGCCUGGCCAAUAUUUCUAAAGUCCUCCUCUGUAGCCUGGCCCUGUUUCUGCCUCUUUUUUGUAGCCAUUUUCCAGAGGGGUUCUCUCAUGAGUUCUUGGCUUAGCUGAGCAGGGCUGCUGAUACACCUUGCUUGUUUUCCCAGGUAUCAGGUGAACCAUUCUCAUGUCGUCAAUAUAGUCAUGUCAGUUCCCCUCAACUCUUUCACCCUUCAGAGCUGCUCUUGUGUGACCUCAGCUGCCUCUGUCCUGGCCAAGAUGCUCACCUGGUGCCCCACAUUUGGGCUCUGCCAUUCUCCUCCCUUGCUCCCCUCAGGAUCUUCAUCUCAUCUCUUUUACACUCACCAUAGCUAAGGCUACCAUGGGUCAGCACCUCCCCUGCUGGUGUCUCUUUGAAAUAGAUAGCAGAUCUAUCAGUGUGAUCCCAUGGGAUGGCCCAACAGGCCCCGUAUCAAGAAGUUGUCCCUGACUCGAUCCAGAAACCUACUCCUGCAUGUGUCCUGACAUGUUGCCUCUCCAUCAGCGACAGGGAGGUUCAUGGCCCCAAGGAAUACCAGGCUCUGCCCUCCCCGACUCCCUCAAAGGUUUUAAAUCCCCUCCUUCAGUCUGACCCCGUGGUGGUCUCCCUGUGCUGCUGCCCUUCCUUCUCUUCACUAGGUUCUGACUCACAUCCCUCUGACUCACCAGACCCUCAGCUGGCCCACAGGAGACUCCACAUAUCCCACCUGCCACUGUAAGCCUUGGGCAACCCUCCUUCUUAUCCUCCCUGCCUGACUUUCCUUCUUGUCUUUCUUGAGUGUGCCACUGUGAAUUACUGGAAGAGCCUCCAAGAAAAACAGUGACAAAAAAUCCAGCUUGAAUCAGAAGGGUUUUCAUGACUUUAUGAAAGUAAUUGACAUGUCAUUACUAGUGGCGGCAGAAGACUAGGAUUAGUACCCUUCUGUCCUGGUUCUGACCAGGACAGGGCUAAUUUUUGCAUACUGGGAAAAGACAUGUCCAGGACCUGGAGGUUAUUCUAUACCACCCCAACUUCCUCUCUCUUCUGGGAAGGAGUGAUUACUCCUGGUAAAGUAAGCAUGAUGGAGGGAGAUGUCUGGUAUUGUCUGUUGUUGGGAGGGAGUUGCGUGUGAAUAAUUUCUUUUCUUGUACCCCCUGUCUUUAGUAUUGUAGCUGUUACUGUUUGUUUCUUAUCUCAUUGCUGUUAACAGUAAAUUGCUGUGAUCUCAAA